UUCACCGGAUCCAAAGUUAGUCAAAAUGACUGUGAAAGGCAAAGUUGUCCCUGUGGUUAACUAAUUAAGCACUCCGCCAUGAAGGCACACGGGGGCAAAAUGACUGCAGGUUGUGGAAUAUGUCAUAUAAAUAAAAAUAAACACAAAUGGGGAGGAAAACGUAUAAGCAACGGCAGAAAAUUUUCAGUAAUUUGUUUUAGGCAGUGUGGUGUGAACUCUAGGGAGGAAGUAAAUUCGCAAUAUUUGGCCAUGUUGUUGAACUUGAUUUAGUUUACGUAAAGACAGUAAACAGUUAUUACGGAUAUUGAAUUUCAGGUUUCACAGCUUUCACAGUGUGCCAAACCGACAAUUUUUAGAACUUUGUAAUUCUGUUGUAGCACCUGAAGAAUGUGUGAUUUGUGUACGAAGGGUUUUUUCCAGCCAGUGCACUGAUAGGUUUUGUGGUCUACAUGCUAGGUGGUAGAUCAACAGUUCUGUUCAGAAUGCUUCAUCGAAAAUGUAGAAGUCAGUUUUAUCCAAGAACAAAUAAUACCGUAUCCCGUACAUUUGUACCCGACGAAAAAGUUCCAUGGGACAUUAUAUGGGAAGAAUACAAUCCAGCAACAUUCACAGCAUCUCAUAUUAAUGGACAACCGUGGGCAGAUCCUGCCAUAACAGAUAGUAAUUUUCAUCCGCAAUGGAAUAGAAUUGAUGGUAAUAUAAACCGGAAAAGCCACAUGGGACAGUAUCAGAUUGUAGACUUUCUUCCAUUAAAUCCAUUAGGACGAACAGGCCUCAGAGGAAGGGGUGUGUUGGGAAGGUGGGGUCCAAAUCAUGCAGCAGACCCAAUUGUAACAAGAUGGAAGAGAGAUGAGUCACACAAUGUAGAAUUUCAUUCAGUGACAAAGAAACCGAUUCUUCAGUUUAUUGCCAUUCAAAGAAGGGAUACUGGAGAGUGGGCAAUACCUGGUGGAAUGGUUGAUCCUGGUGAAAUGGUUACAUCAACUUUGAAGAGAGAAUUCAUGGAAGAGGCUCUGAAUAUAUUGGAAUGUGGCAGUGAUAAAAUAGAAAAGUCAAAUGCCUUGAUAGAUAAGUUUUUUGAUGAAGGGGAAGACAUUUACCAUGGUUACGUGGAUGAUCCUCGGAAUACCGAUAAUGCAUGGAUGGAAACUGUUGCAAUGAAUUUUCAUGAUGAGAGUGGAACUUCAGUUGGUGCAUUUCCUUUAUGUGCUGGUGAUGAUGCAGUAAACGUUCGCUGGAUGGAUAUCAGCAAAGAACUAACAUUAUAUGCAAGUCAUAAUGAUUUCAUAGCAAAAGUAGUUGCAAAGCAUAAUUCACAUUGGUAAUUUUCACAUUAAGGGAACAGAACGUAUUGUAACAUUCAUAAUAUUUGUACCUCAGACUUUAAUGGCAAAUGUCACACGCAUACAGGUUUGCAACUGACAUUUUGCUUUUUCUGAUUGUGCUGACAGGGGUUCUGCUUUGUAUCACUAAAUAAUUAUUCAAAGAAUUCAAUAUUAUCAAAUUAUGGUUUCUGAGGGACAGAUACAAUAAAAGAUAUUUGUGCCUUAA